GUCUGUCUCUUUGCUCUGUAUCUCUCUGUCUCUCUUCUGUUCAUUUCCAUUCAUCGUUUUUGGAAAUGACUCGAUCGGAUAUGAACGUCGACCGCGGUAUUAGCAACAGGAGGUCCCUAGUCAGCGUUGGAAAAUAUCAAAUGAUUCGACUUCUUGGAAAAGGGAAUUUCGCACGGGUGGAGGAAGCUAUUCACACGAUUUUGAGGACCAAGGUGGCAGUGAAGAUAAUCGAUACCCAACAUGGUCGGCAAGAUUACGUAAUGAAGAAUUUAACUCGGGAGGCUAAGCUAUUAUCGAUGUUGCAACAUCCGAGCAUCGUUAGACUCUACGAAACGAUUCAGUACGGAUCUGUAUACUACCUCGUGAUGGAACUUGCAACCGGUGGCGACCUGUGCACCCACAUUAAGCAACAACCAAGCGGCAUGCUCGAUGAGAUGACCGCCAAGCUCUACGCCAGACAGCUGGUCGGUGCGUUGAAACACAUGCACUCCAGGGGAAUCGUUCAUCGCGAUUUAAAGAUGGAAAACAUAAUGCUGCAAGAUACGCGCAAAGACCAAAUCAAAAUAGUUGAUUUUGGAUUGAGUAAUAUCUACGAUAGCGAGGAUCCUUUGAAAACGCAUUGUGGCUCGCCCGAAUAUGCAGCACCAGAGCUUUUCGUCGUCGGUAAAAAAUAUGGACCCGAGGUCGAUCUUUGGAGUCUUGGCGUCGUCUUAUACGGAAUGAUGACUGGUCGGCUGCCCUUUUUAAGUCCUUGCGACGAACAGACGUCAUCGGAGGAACGUCGACGAAGGUUAAUGGCUCAAAUAAACCGGGGUUUAACGGCCCUCCAGAUGAAAAACAUGUCGAGGAUGUCGAAUGAUUGCAAGAAUCUGAUUAACAGAUUGCUCACGCCCGUUCCACAUAAAAGGAUUACGAUCCAGGAACUCUGCCAUCAUCCUUGGAUCGUGUGCAAGCUUAGAAAUGUAUCAAGAAUUGCCAGUGAAGCUGAUUUAGACGUGAACGAUCAAAAAACGAUAAUCGCUGAGAUAUCCAAAAUGACUCACCUGGAUAGGAACACGAUCGAGAUGGAAAUUAUUCGACGAAAGUACGGCGAAAUAGGCGGCAUGUAUAAUAUCAAAUCUCACAAGGCACGUCAAGCUGCUGCUUUGUACGCACGUCACACAGGAUCACUCUCAUUGCUCAGAUAUAUACCCCCGCAAACCGCAACCGGUGAAACGACGACCUACAAAGCACCAUCGAGAUAUUCACCAUAUGCAAAAUCCGAAGAGAAAUCAACCGGAUAUGUUACUGCAGUAACUCCAUUCAAAGAGAAUAAGAAAUGUUGGGAGAACAAAAGCGUGUCCUUCGGCGAAGUUAAAAAUUCUUGGAAGCUUCAGAAAACUUCGAAUACGUCCUGUACGGUUUGCAAAACCGUUCUACCAUCGGCGAAUACACAGCAACCGCAAGUUUUUAAGAAGAAUGAAUUCAUUGAACACGCGAUACCAAUGCACAACAAGUAUUCCGACAAAAGUAAUGAACAGAAGCAAACGAGCAGAUUGGCCGUUCGUCAAACGAAUAUCCGUUUAUUGCCUACCUCUUCGAGAAUUUCUUUUUCUCAAGCAUCUUCCAGUUGUCCUCAAUCCGACGUGGUACAUCGUAAUCCCAUAAAGAGAUGGUCUGAAAUACGUGAGAAGAGAGAAACUAUUCGACAACAAAGACGUUCGACGCAUUCCGUAACUCAGACUGAUACAAACACGAUCUCAUCAACGUCCUCGGUAAACAAAUCUCGACCACGUACUUCAGAAUCCAGCACCAUAAAUCGAAAUGCAUUUAAUCGUUGUAAAUUUACCAUGGAAAAAGUAGAGUCGCAAAGGGAAGUCGACAAAAUUGUAACUUCGAUGCCAAUAUUUGUUAAGAAAAAGAUAAUAUCUGCUUACGAUACGAUAGCACCUAAACAUCUUUUGCGCAAUAAUUCUUCGAAUAAAAGUGCACCGAAAAUAAGUGACAAAGUAAGAUAACUAAGGGUGUAACAAUAGAACUGAAUCAACACGCUCAGAUAAUUUUUUGUUCUUUCUGAUUACAAAAAAAAAAAAUAAUAAUUAUAAUAAUAAUAAUAA